AUGACCAGCCUCUCGUUACUACUGAUGUUUGCUGUUGCACAGGUACUCGUAUGCCAGGCCUCACCGAACUACCAGAAUCUGGAAGUGGAGGAUGAGAAAGAUGUGAAGCGUGGAGACCUGAAGUUGACUGCGAAGAAUAAGGAGGAAGAGGAGAUGAAGAGUUUCAAUGAUGUCGAAGUGGACCGGAGCCAAGAACAUCGAUUGGUGGACGAAGUCAACGAUUUUGGUCUUUCCAUUAUGCCCAAGUGCGAUACUAUGAAGUUGACCUGUUUCGGCUGCAUGCCGUUGGCUAAUUAA